AUUAUUUCAGUUUUGGGGAAUCAUUCCGAUAGAAAAGAUGACUCCCGCAUUGCAGCUUUCAUUGUUGCCGUUGCUGCUUUUUCAAUUGGGAUCCGCUGAGUUUUUGGAUUUCAAUUGCGCGAACCGCAAUCCCAACCCCAGAAGUUUAAGGCGAAGCCCUUGGAUGGCUUUCAUCGAGCCUUUAUCAAAAAACUGCAGCGGAACUUUAAUAAAUCAAUAUAAUGUGAUAACAUCGGCGAGCUGCAUAUUUGAUCAAAGCGAAAAUACCGUUUUGUUCAGAAUAUCUAGGAAUAACUAUGAAAGGCACUCCGUUCAAAGCGCCUUCAUACACAAGUUUUUCAACAAAAACACUUUUGAAAAUGAUAUAGCUCUACUCAUAUUAGAGAAACCUGUCGUUUAUAAACACGGGAUGCGGCCAAUAUGCAUUUGGUUGAAUAUGCCAAAGAAUUUCCAGCAGAGUCAAAAUUUAACAGCCAAAAGGUGGGUCAUAGCCCAGGAAAAAAUUAUUCCGCGUAUGAACCCCGUUUCCACGCUUGGCCCAAAAAAGUGCUACGAAUCCUUCGGCAAGGUUCCCGUAAAAUCCAGUUCUGCACUGUGUUAAAGGAAUCAAAGGUGUCCCUAUUCAGGUAGUCCUUUGGUCAGUGAGAUGCUAGUUUCGGGAAAAAUGAGUAACAUACUAGUAGGAAUUCAGAGCUAUGACAUUUUGGGAACUUGUGUAUAUACCAAAAUUCAAAGCUACAUCGACUGGAUUAUCGGAGUCGUGCUGGAGGUUGAUGUUUUGUUAUAAAAGUUUAACAGUUUAAAAACAACCCAUAAAUUU